GGGAGUCAGAGGGACCCGUGGCCCACUCGGCUCUCUGUAGAUGCACAGCACAUGUAAAAGUUUACAUUUCUCACUACUUUUUUUUUUUUAAUCUGCGUUUUUUUUUUUUUCCUCUCCACUUGAGCAAAUCCAAAAGGAGCCUCCGGCACUCUUCCUGUCUGUGUCACGAUGGGGAUCAAAGCUGCUCUUCCCAAAUAUGAGAUCUAUUUCUACAACACGGUGCUAUGUCUGGCAAUGUUCUGGGCUGCCAGUUGGAUCUUUGAGGUUUCCAGUUCCAGUGAAAACAGAAAGACGUUUAAAACCAGUGUGAAGCCAGGAUGGUACUACUUUGGGAGGAAAAUGGAUACGGCUGAUUUUGAGUGGAUGAUGUGGUUUUCCACCUUCAGAGAGCACAUCCUGUUUGCUCUCUCCGGCCAUGUGCUGUUCGCUAAGAUCUGCUCCAUGCUGGCUCCACAGUACAGGUCCUUGGUGUACCUGGUGUACGGGCUGCUGGCUGUAUGGACCAGUAUGGGCUGGACCUACGUCACCCUCAUCCUGUCCCACUGUAUCCUGCUUUACAGCAUCUCCUUAGUGAAAAUCCGCUGGCUUUGCUUCAUCACUGGUCUUUGCACCCUUGCUACAUUCAAGUGUGAGCCCUUCGUGUCAUGGCAGGCGGGUUUUGUGGAGGGGGACUUUGAGCUGCGUCAUAUUCUCUACUAUGGAGGUUGUGGCUUUACUAUAAUGCGCUGCAUGAGCUUUGCUCUAGAGAACUGUGAGAAGAAAGAUGGAAACUACAACAUCCUGGAGCUGCUCAAGUACAACUUCUACCUCCCCUUCUUCUAUUUCGGGCCCAUCAUGACCUUUGAUAAGUUUCAUGCUCAAGUCAACAAGUCAGACCUGACCAGGAAAGAGUGGGAGAUGUGGAAUAUCCGUACGCAGGGUGCCAUUCACCUGGGAGUCAUCAUUGUAGUGGACGUCCUUUUCCAUUUCAUGUACAUCCUCACCAUCCCCGCUGACAUGAAGCUGCUGAAGCACCUCUCUGACUGGGCUCUAGUGGGCCUAGCUUACUUUAACCUGGUGUAUGACUGGGUAAAAGCAGCUGUUAUGUUCGGGGUCAUCAACACGGUGUCCAGAUUGGAUCAUCUGGACCCUCCCAAGCCACCAAAAUGCAUCACUAUGCUCUAUGUGUUUGCGGAAACCCAUUUUGACAGAGGGAUCAAUGAGUGGCUGUGCAAGUAUGUAUACGAUUACCUGGGUGGAAAACAUGUGAAUGUGGUGGAGGAGCUGGUGGCAACACUGUGCACCUUUGGCGUCACCAUCAUCUGGUUGGGACCCUGCAAGGUGGUGCUAGUCUGGGCUUUGUUAAACUGUUUCGGCCUUAACUUUGAGCUGUGGGCCGCCAAAUUCUUCUCCAUGGAGCCUUUUGCUUCUCUUGAGCUAGCAAUGUCGGAAGCGACGUCCCGCCGGAUCAGAGCCAUCUUUAAUACUUUCAACUUCUGGAGCAUCGUGUUGUACAACAUCCUGGCCUUGAACAGUUUGGACUUCGCCAAGUUGGUCACCAAACGGUUGCUUUUCAAAGGCUUCCCUAUAACCACCAUCAUCGUCAUGUUUGUGACAUACUGCCUGAUUCAAGUGAUCAAGGAGAGAGAGAGGAGGCAGGCCCUCAUCGAUGACCCUGAUCCUCUUCCUCCCGCUCCCCCUUCAAACGCCACCACCAGCCCGCCGGUCACUACAGUUGCACCCGCUGCUGCUGCUGCUGCUGCUGCUGCUGCUCCUCAGCCAGCCGCUGAUGCCAGCAAAGUGAAAGCCGAGUAGAUAUUUGAUGGUGACUGUGAAGGAUGUAUACGGCCAACAAUCAUAUCGCCAGUCCGGAUUUUAAAACAUGAAUUGUAAAUGGAUGUUUUUAAUGUAGAAAACUGAAAUAACUGUAAAUAAGUUAACCAUCAUUUACCUGUGUUUGUACCUGAAAGGGGAAAAAUCCAACUAUGUAAUGUAUAGUUUAAUCUACAGUACACCUGUAUAUUGUCCAGCAGCCACUGAAAAUGAAUAACAGUUCUGUGUUACAACACUUCAGGAAAGUCAAACUAAAUUUCAGUUUUGUCAAACUUUCAUUUAUGCGCAAAAUAAAGUGCAAAGUUUUGUUCAAA